AUGGCAGUCCGCGGCCACUUUCGCGUCAUUUCCGGGGUCGAGCCGCGGACAGCGCCUGCUCUUUUGCGGAAGGAGGAGUUAGGGGCGGAGCGGCUGACUGGAGGAAAAAAGGAGAAGGAUUUUGCUCAGACAACAAGUGCUUGUUUAAGUUUCAUCCAAGAAGCUCUGCUGAAGCACCAAUGGCAGCAAGCUGCAGAAUACAUGCACAGUUAUUUUCAGAUCUUGGAAGAUUCUGAUAGCUACAAAAGGCAAGCUGCACCUGAGAUCUCCUUGCAACAUGCAUUGUACCUUCUGCAUCAUGGGAUGCUUGAUGACGCCAACAGAAACCUCAGCCAGGCAGAGACAUGGAGAUACGGUGAAAAAUCGUCUUCCCAGGAAGUGCUAAUCAACUUGAUUCAGGCCUAUAAAGGGCUUUUGCAAUAUUAUACGUGGUCUAAAAAAAGGAUGGAGUUGUCUAAGCUUGGUGAGUGGAAUCAUGGUGACUGGGUUCAAGAAGAAUGGAACCCCAGGAGAAACUGGUGGCCAGGCUUCCACUUCAGCUACUUUUGGGCCAAAAGGGAUUGGAAGGAGGAUAAAGCUUUGGCUUGUGAGAAAGCUUUGGUAGCUGGCAUAUUGUCAGGAAAAGGUUGCAGAUAUUAUCGGUAUAUUUCAAAACGAGAUCAUCAAGUUUUAAGGAAGAAAAUUAAGCGGAUGAAGAAAUUAGUGAAAAAAUGCAGCAUUGUAAAUCCAGGACUCUGAUAUUGAAUGUAAAUUAUUUCAUAUUAAUAGCUACAAUGUAGCAGGUCAGUAGAUAGUUAUGGAGUGUAUUUAUUUAUUUGGUGUUUCCAGAAGAUAGUUUUAUAUGGCUACAAAAGCUAUUUUUAUAUUUUUUUGUAUUAUAUAUUUAGCUAGAUAAACAGUCUCACUGCCUUUGCUCUUUGUAAAUAAAUAUUUUUCCUUUUUGUACUGUAAAAUGUAACAUUUCUUAAGGACUAACCUUCAAAAGAAAAUACGAGCAUAUUUGUUUAAUCAGAAUACAGCUCUUACAGCAGUUACUGCUGUUUGCAGAUAAGUUGCCUCUGACUAUUGUGUAAUAAACUACAACUGUGAUACUGUUAA